AUGGAUAAUACACCCCGCCAGCUGUUCCAAACGCCCAACAACGUCUAUGUCCUCCAACAACCAUGGCAAUUCGUCAAGGAGCUCGGACAAGGCGCUUACGGCUGCGUCUCGUCCGCACGCAACUCGAUGACGGGCGAGACCUGUGCCGUCAAGAAAGUAACGAAUGUGUUUCAGAAAAAGAUCUUGACCAAGCGGUGUUUGAGAGAGUUGAGGUUGCUGCAUCACUUCAGAGGCCAUAAGAACAUCACCUGCUUGUACGACAUGGAUAUUGUCUUUGACCCUCCCGGAUCAGGCCAGUUUAGGGAAGUGUACUUGUAUGAAGAGCUGAUGGAGGCGGAUUUGCAUGCUAUUAUCCGAUCUGGCCAGCCUCUGUCCGACGCCCAUUUCCAAUCUUUCCUCUACCAAACCCUCUGUGGUCUCAAAUACAUCCACUCUGCCAACGUUCUCCACCGAGACUUGAAACCCGGAAACUUGCUGGUGAAUGCCGAUUGUGAACUCAAGAUUUGUGAUUUCGGAUUGGCGCGUGGGUUCCAGCCUGGUGCGGUUCAGACGGACCAGGGACAGGCAGGAUUCAUGACUGAAUACGUUGCGACGAGGUGGUACAGAGCCCCCGAAAUCAUGCUGAGCUUUGCCAACUACACAUCAAGCAUCGACAUGUGGUCUGUCGGCUGUAUCCUCGCCGAACUUCUUGGCGGCAAGCCCAUCUUCAAGGGCGAAGACUACGUCGACCAACUGAACAAGAUCCUCAACCUCCUCGGUACCCCCACCGAAGAUACUCUCCGCCGCGUCGGUUCCCCUCGUGCGCAAGAUUACAUCCGAAGCUUGCCCAUCAAGCCUAGGGUACGAUUCGAGACGCUUUACCCGACCGCGUCGCCUUUGGCGUUGGACCUGUUGGGCAAGUUGUUGACGUUUGACCCGGCGAAAAGGUUUGGGUGUCAAGAGGCUUUGGAGCACCCCUAUUUGGCGGUGUGGCACGACCCUACUGACGAGCCUUUGUGUGAAGUCCCAUUCGAUUUCUCCUUUGAAGAAGAAGACUCUGUCUCGGGUAUGCGUGACUUUAUCCUCAACGAAGUCCGAUCUUUCAGGCAUCUCGUCCGUCAGACUACCCCUCCUCCAGCGCGUCGUGAACAACACGAGAGCCACGAACUCCCUCCCGCCCCGGUUGCCAACCAACAUACAGGCGCGGGUGUUGGUCCGGCGUUCCAUGAGACGGCGAAUGAGGGGGCGGAUUCGGAGGAGCAUCCAGGAUCGGCUUUGGAGAAGCAGCUGGAGCAGGGCAAGUCUAGAUGGUGA